GUCCCGGAUGCGCCUAGCGGAGCGGCGCCGCCUCGACCGCCGCCCCCAGGCCUCAGCCGGACGCGGCCGGAGUGCAGUCCAGGCUCGGGAUAUCACGGCAUGUCAGUGACCUGCGGUGCGUGAUCCUCGAGUCUGGCCGCUCCUUGGCAUCUCUCGACUCGUCGUGGGGUGGCCCAGUAGCUUGGUCCCUGCGUAGCUGAGGCUCUGCGUGUGGCCGCUGCAGCGCCGUGCGCCUUUGCCAGGUGAAGAUACGACUUUACUGCGUUAAGUUUAGGGAUUUGAAUUCCCUUCAGAACUUUAGAGAACGUUAAGUUGGAUUAAAAGGGGGGGCGAUAAUGCACCAUGGCAGCGGCCCUCAGGGCGUCCAGCACCAGCUGCAGAGGCCCAGGGCCUUCGCCAGCAGCGAAGGGGAAGAGCAGCAGGCGCACCCAAACCCACCGCAGUCCCCUGCCACGCCCUUCGCGCCCUCGGCCAGCCCGUCCGCGCCUCAGUCUCCCAGCUACCAAGUUCAGCAGCUGAUGAAUAGGAGUCCCGUGACCGGGCAGAACGUGAACAUCGCCCUUCAGAGUGUAGGACCAGUGGUGGGAGGAAACCCGCAGAUCACGCUCGCCCCUCUGCCACUCCCCAGCCCCACCUCUCCAGGUUUCCAGUUCAGCGCCCAGCAGAGACGGUUUGAGCAUGGCUCUCCAUCCUAUAUCCAGGUCACUUCGCCGCUGUCACAACAGGUGCAGACUCAGAGCCCCACCCAGCCCAGUCCCGGGCCGGGGCCGGGCCUGCAGAGUGUGCGGGCGGGCACCCCUGGCCCCGGCCUAGGCCUCUGUAGCAGCAGUCCGACCGGGGGCUUUGUGGACGCCAGUGUGCUGGUGAGGCAGAUGAGCCUGAGCCCGUCUGGCGGCGGGCACUUUGUGUUCCAGGAGAGCUCGGGCCUCGCCCAGAUGGCUCCGGGCCCCCAGGUGCAGCUGCAGCACACGGGGGCUCCCAUCGCGGUCCGGGAACGGAGACUGUCACAGCCCCACGCACAGUCCGGGGGCACCGUCCACCACCUGGGACCGCAGAGCCCCGCGGCCGCAGGCGCGGCCGGCCUGCAGCCCCUGGCCAGCCCCGGCCACAUCACCACGGCGAGCCUGCCCCCCCAGAUCAGCAGCAUCAUCCAGGGGCAGCUGAUCCAGCAGCAGCAGGUGCUGCAGGGCCCGCCGCUCACCAGACCCCUGCUCCCCGGGGUCGGGGUCGGGGUCGGGGGGGCUUCGGCCUUCGGGAUGACGUCCCCGCCGCCCCCCACCAGCCCUUCCAGGACCGCAGGGGCCCCAGGCCUCUCCAGCCUUUCUCUCACGUCUGCGGGGAGUGCGGGGGUGAGGAAGACUCCCAAGAAGUUGGAGGAGAUCCCCCCGGCCUCCCCGGAGCUGGCGCAGAUGAGGAAGCAGUGCCUGGACUACCACUACCGGGAGAUGGAGGCGCUGAGGGCGGCCUUCAAGGAGUACCUGGUGGAGCUGUUCUUCCUGCAGCACCUCCAGGGGAACAUGAUGGACUUCCUGGCGUUCAAGAAGAAGCAUUAUGCUCCGUUGCAAGCGUACCUUAGGCAGAAUGAUUUGGACCUGGAGGAGGAGGAGGAGGAUGAGGAGGAGGAGGAGGAGGAGGAGGAGGAAGAAAAGUCUGAGGUUAUCAAUGAUGAGCAGCAAGCUCUUGCCGGGACCCUGGUGGCGGGAGCUGGGAGCGUGGGAGAAGCGGACCCCUUUAAGAGGCAGCAGGCGGGGCCCCCGGCAGAGCAGUCUAAGAGGCCUCGGCUUGAAGCGGGCCACCAGGGGGCAGCUUUCCAGCGCCCGGGGGCGAGUGCAGGGGUUCCACUUCAGCAGCUGAUGCCGACAGCUCAAGGCGGGAUGCCUCCUGCCCCACAGGCCGCUCAGCUCGCCGGACAGAAGCAGAGCCAGCAGCAGUAUGACCCGACCACCGGGCCUCCGGUGCAGAAUGCCGCCAGCCUGCACACGCCGCCGCCACAGCUGCCUGGCCGGCUGCCCCCGGCGGGCCUCCCCACCGCGCCCCUCCCGCCGGCGCUGCAGUUUGCUCAGCAGCCACAGGUGGGGGACCCCCACGCGCAGCUCCAAGUCCCGGCCAAGGUCCAGCAGCCAAACCUUGUCAUGAAAGGAUCCACUCCUUACAGACCCUGGAAACCUGUCCCUUCCGCCCUGGCUAGGGCCCGACAGACUUUCCCCGGGAAGGGCCCUGAAAGCGGGCGUGAGAACACAGCAGGUCUGUGGGCUGCGCGGUUUGUCUUCUGUUCCCCGCCGAGGACGACGGUGGCGCCCACAAGACCGCCUGUGGACCCUGCUCAGCCUUGUCAGCGGCCCCCACCAGCCGCCUCUUCUACCUCGUCCCUUGCUCCCUCCAGUGGCUCUGGCCCGGCGCCAGCACGGGCCUCUGCAGGGACUAGACCCUCCUCUGCAGCCAGCAAGUCACUCUCUCCGGUCACCUCCCGGUCCCCAGGGGCAGCUGUGUCAGCACCCCCAAAACCACAGAGCCCAGCUCAGAAUGCUGCCCCGCCCCAAGACAGCUCUCAGGAUAAGCUGGCAGAACAGAUAGCACUGGAAAACCAGACCCACCAGCGGGUCGCAGAUUUAAGGAAAGAAGGCCUGUGGUCCCUCAGGCGAUUGCCCAAACUGCAGGAGGCCCCGCGCCCCAAGUCGCACUGGGACUACCUGCUGGAGGAGAUGCAGUGGAUGGCCACGGACUUCGCCCAGGAGCGGAGGUGGAAGAUGGCCGCGGCCAGGAAGCUCGUCAGGACCGUGGCGCGCCACCACGAGGAGAAGCAGCUGCGCGAGGAGAGGGGACGGAGGGAAGAGCAGAGCCGACUGAGACGCAUCGCGGCCUCAACCGCUAGAGAAAUAGAGUGUUUCUGGUCGAAUAUUGAACAGGUCGUGGAGAUAAAACUACAAGUAGAAUUGGAAGAGAAGAGAAAAAAGGCCUUAAAUUUGCAGAAGGCUCCCAGGAGAGGAAAGGAGUUGAGAGCUAAGGGCCUUGAUGUGUUGCCAGAAGCUUUCCUGGAGUCGGGACUGUCUGGAAGGAAAAGAAAAGCUAGCACGUCCCUGACUGACGAUGAAGUGGAGGACGAGGAGGAGACCAUAGAAGAGGAAGAAGCCAACGAAGGGGCCGUGGACCACCGGGCCGAGCUGUCCAAUUUAGCCAAAGAAGCCGAACUGCCCUUAAUCGACUUGAUGAAGUUAUACGAAGGAGCUUUUCUGCCCAGUUUCCAGUGGCCACAGCCUCAGCCUGACGGUGAGGAGGCGAGUGAGGAAGAAGAUGCGGAAGACUGCCCGGGGGAGAGCCGGAAGGACGUGGUUCUCAUAGACUCACUGUUUAUCAUGGACCAGUUUAAAGCUGCAGAGAGAAUGACUAUUGGGAGCCCUCACACAAAGGACAUCGCGGAGGUGACCGCUGUGGCCGAAGCCGUCCUACCCAAAGGCAGUGCCCGGGUCAGCCCCACGGUGAAGCUGAACGCCCCAUCUCUGUUGUACGGUGCGCUCCGAGACUACCAGAAGAUCGGCCUGGACUGGCUGGCCAAGCUCUACCGGAAGAACCUCAACGGCAUCUUGGCCGACGAGGCCGGGCUCGGCAAAACUGUCCAGGUCAUCGCUUUCUUCGCCCACCUGGCUUGCAACGAAGGCAAUUGGGGCCCGCACCUCGUGGUCGUGCGAGGCUGUAGCAUCCUCAAGUGGGAGCUCGAGCUGAAGCGCUGGUGUCCUGGGCUCAAAACCCUGCUGUACGUGGGCAGCCACAGAGAGCUGAGAGCAAAGAGACAGGAGUGGACGGAGCCCAACAGCUUCAACGUGUGCGUCGCGCCCUACAAGCAGUUCUUCAGGGGCUGCGCGUCCUUCUCGCGGGUGCGGUGGAGGUGCCUGGUCAUCGACGAGAUGCAGCGGGUCAAGGGCAUGACUGAGAGGCACUGGGAGGCCGUGUUCACCCUGAAGAGCCAGCAGCGCCUGCUCCUGAUGGACGCGCCACCGCACAACACCUUCCUGGAGUUGUGGACCAUGGUGCACUUCCUCAUCCCCGGCAUCUCCAGGCCCUACCUGCACCCGCCGCUCAAGGCCCCGAACGAGGAGAACCAGGACUACUACCACAAAGUGGUCAUCCGUCUGCACCGGGUGACCCAGCCCUUCAUCCUGAGGAGGACCAAGAGGGACGUGGAGAAGCAGCUGACGAGGAAGUACGAGCACGUGCUCAAGUGCCGGCUGUCGAGCCGGCAGAAGGCCCUGUAUGAGGACGUGAUCCUACAGCCCGGGACGCAGGAGGCGCUGAAGAGCGGGCACUUUGUGGACGUGCUGAGCAUCCUGCUGAGGCUGCAGCGGAUCUGCAACCACCCUGGGCUGGUGGAGCCGCGGCUCCCGGAGUCGUCCUACACGGCGGGGCCCCUGCAGUACCGCUCCGCCUCCCUCAUCCUCCAGGCGCUCGACGGAGACUCCUGGAAGGAAGCAGAUCUCUCUAUAUUUGAUCUUAUUGGCCUGGAGAAUACAAUGACCCGCCACGAAGCAGAACUGCUGUGUAAGAAGAAGGUGACCCGGAAAGGCAUGGAGGAACUGCUCACCGCACCACUCCCGGCGGGCAGGCCCGCGGUCCUCCGACUGAAGCCCAGCAGGUUGUUUCAGCCCGUGCAGUACGGCCAGAAGCCCGAGGGUCGCACCGUGUCCUUCCCCAGCGUGCACCCGCCCCGGACGGCGGCCUCCGCCACAGCCACCGCCGCUCCGCAGGGCCACGUACGUGGACGGCCACCGAUUGCUACCUUCUCUGCAAAUCCAGAUGCAAAAGCGGCCGGGCAGAGCGCGCUGCCGCCGGGGCUGGUGCUCACGUCGCAGGCCCAGGCGCGCCUGCCCAGCGGGGAGGUGGUCAAAAUUGCACAGCUGGCCUCCCUGGCGGGGCCGCAGAGCCGAGUCGCCCAGCCGGAGACCCCUGUGACGCUGCAGUUCCAAGGGAACAAGUUCACGCUGUCGCAUAGCCAGCUGCGGCAGCUCACAGCCGGCCAGCCGCUGCAGCUGCAAGGCAGCGUCCUCCAGAUUGUGUCCGCACCCGGCCAGUCCUACCUGCGGCCUCCCGGCCCCGUGGUGAUGCAGACCGUGUCUCAGGCGGGCGCCCUCAACGCCCUGGGAAGCAAGCCCCCGGCCAGCGGCCCCGGCCCUGCGCCCGUGACGCCGCCAGUUGGUGUGCCUGGGCGAGUGGCGGCCAACCCCCUGUCUGCAGGAGACCCUGGAAUGGCCUCCAAACCGGCUUCUCCCAUCGGAGGGCCGACCCAGGAGGAGAAGACCAGACUUUUGAAAGAGCGACUGGACCAGAUCUACUUUGUCAACGAGCGCCGCUGCUCCCGAGCUCCCGUCUACGGCAGAGAUUUGUUGCGGAUUUGUUCUGUGGUCGGCCCAGACCAGACCCCCUGGCUCGGGGGUCCGGACAGUGGUCACCAGAAGGGGGCCUGGCCAGUCUGCAGUCACUCUUCACUCUCACCCAGUCAGAGGGGCCUGAUAUUGACACUGACCCAACGGCAGGCCUGCCUGCAGGACGUCAUCGACAGGGUGGUGUGUGUGAUCCCCCCGGUGGUGGCCGCGCCCCCGUCCUUGUGGGUGGCGAGGCCGCCGUCCCUCUACAGCCACAGGAUGCAGACCUUGAGGCACCGCCUGCGAGAGCACACGGCCCCCUACGCACAGCAGCUGCAGCGGGUCACGGCCCUGCGCUCGCUGCGCUUUCCUGAGCUCAGACUGGUCCAGUUCGACUCGGGCAAGCUGGAAGCCCUAGCUGUCCUCCUGCAGAAGCUGAAGUCGGAAGGACGGCGAGUGCUGAUCUUGUCGCAGAUGGUUCUCAUGUUGGACAUUUUGGAAAUGUUCUUGAACUUCCAUUAUCUCACCUACAUCAGAAUCGACGAAAACGCCAACAGCGAGCAGCGGCAGGAACUGAUGAGGAGUUUCAACAGGGACCGGCGGAUUUUCUGUGCCAUUCUGUCGACUCACAGCCGCGCCACAGGGGUAAGCCUGGUGGAGGCCGACGCUGUGGUGUUCUACGACAAUGACCUGAACCCUGUGAUGGACGCCAAGGCCCAGGAGUGGUGUGAGAGGAUCGGGAGGCGCAAGGACGUCCACAUAUACAGGCUUGUGAGUGGCAAUUCCAUCGAAGAGAAGCUGUUGAAGAAUGGAACCAAAGACCUGAUCCGAGAAGUAGCCGCUCAGGGCAACGAUUAUUCCAUGGCGUUCCUGACGCAGCGCACCAUCCAGGAGCUGUUUGAGGUGUGCUCUCCCACGGACGACGCUGGCUUCCCGGUGAAGGCAGAGGAGUUUGUGGUCCUGUCUCAGGAACCUUCUGCCGCAGAAGUCAUCGCACCCAAAAUCGCAAGGCCUUUCAUUGAGGCCCUCAAGAGUAUCGAGUACCUGGAGGACGAAGCCCAGAAACCCGAGGAGGAGGCGGUGCCCAGCUCACCCGACGGCCGCGGCUCAGGGUGGCAGGAGGAGCCGUCGCAGCUGGAGGAGCUAGCAGACUUCAUGGAGCAGCUCACCCCUAUCGAGAAGUACGCUCUGCACUACCUGGAGCUGUUCCACGCGCCCGGCGGCCCGGAGAGGGAGGGCGGCAGCGAGGACGCUGUGCUGGCCGCCGUGACGGAGUGGGAGACCCAGAACGCCCGGGCCCAGCAGGAGAGGGAGGCGCGGGUGCUGCGGGAGCUGGAGCACGAGCAGCUCCUCACCUACACGCGGGAGGACGCCUACAGCGCGGAGUACGUCUGUGAAGGCGCCGAUGGGCAGAUGGAGGUCAUGCCGCUCUGGACGCCGCCCACGCCCCCCCAGGACGACAACGACAUCUACGUGGACCCAGUCCUGUGUCUCACGUACGAAAGCACACCCAUCCCAGAGUCCAAGCUGCCUCCCGUGUACGUGAGGAAGGAGCGCAGGCGCCACCGCACGGACCCGUCAGCCGCAGGCCGGAAGAAGAAGCAGCGGCACGGGGAGCCGGUCGUCCCUCCCCGCUCGCUGUUCGACCGAGCGGCCCCCGGCAUGCUGAAGAUGCGGCGGGAAGGGAAGGAGCAGAAGAAGAACAUUCUGUUGAAGCAGCAGACGCAGUUUGCCAAACCUUUGCCAACCUUCGCCAAACCAACAGCUGAGUCGGGCCCGGACAACCCCGAGUGGCUCAUCAGCGAGGACUGGGCGCUGCUGCAGGCGGUGAAGCAGCUCCUGGAGCUGCCUCUGAACCUCACGAUCGUGUCCCCCGCCCACACGCCCAACUGGGACCUCGUCAGCGACGUGGUCAACUCCUGCAGCCGCAUCUACCGCUCCUCCAAGCAGUGCCGGAGCCGCUACGAGAACGUGCUCAUUCCGCGGGAGGAGGGCAAGAGCAAGAACAACCGCCCCCUGCGCACAGGCCAGAUGUACGCCCAGGACGAGAACGGCACGCACACACAGCUGUACACGAGCCACUUCGAGCUGAUGAAGACGACCGCCGGCAAGAGGAGCCCGCCCAUCAAGCCUCUGUGGGUGAGCGGGAGGGCCCGCCGGCGCGACACUCCGUCCGGGAGCACCCCGCCAUGCCACGGGGCUGCUGGCCGCGAGAGGCUCGCCAGUGAGCAGGCGGCGCUGCAGAAGGCCUCAUGGCUGCGCGGUCCCAUCGGCAUGACGUGGGGGAGGCGGAACCGGCCGCCCCAUUGCCUCUUGCAGGCCCCCGGAGGCUCCGCCCCUGCCCAGGUGGUCCACGCCCAGCCGAGAGCGGUCGGCUCCCCGGCCACGGCCUCGUCCGACCUGGUGUCCCUGGCACCCACCCAGAGUGUCCGCGCUGUGACUUCGGUGACAGCGUCGGCCGUGGUGACUACCAGCCUGACCCCGGUGCAGACCCCGACCCGGUCUUUGGUGACUCAGGUGUCCCAAGCCGCAGGGGUGCAGCUGCCCGGGAAAGCCAUCACGCCCGCACACUUCCAGCUGCUCCGGCAGCAGCCGCCGCCGCCGCCGCCGCCGCCGCCGCCCCAGGUCCAGGUCCCACAGAUCCAGGGCCAGGCCCAGUCACCAGCGCAGAUCAAAGCUGUCAGCAAGCUGACGCCGGAGCAUCUGAUCAAAAUGCAGAAGCAGAAGCUGCAGCUGCCCCAGCAGGCCCCCCCGCCGCAGGCCCCGCCAGGGCCCCCACAGCCUGCUGCACAGGUGCAAGUGCAGGCCCCGCCACCCACACCGCAGCAGAACCCCCAGCUGGCCACGGUCACGGCCCCGCGGCCCGGAGCCCUGCUCACGGGCACCACCGUGGCCAACCUCCAGGUGGCCCGGCUCACCCGGGUUCCCCCUUCGCAGCUGCAGGCGCAAGGGCAGAUGCAGGCGCAGGCGCCCCCGCCGGCUCAGGUGGCGCUGGCGAAGCCUCCGGUGGUGUCCGUGCCUGCGGCCGUGGUCUCCUCGCCGGGCGUGACGACCCUGCCCAUGAAUGUCGCCGGGAUCAGCGUGGCCAUCGGGCAACCACAGAAAGCCGCAGGGCAGACCGUCGUGGCCCAGCCCGUGCACGUCCAGCAGCUGCUGAAGCUCAAGCAGCAGGCAGUGCAGCAGCAGAAAGCCGUGCAGCCACAGGCCGCCCCGGGCCCGGCAGCCGUCCAGCAGAAGAUCACUGCGCAGCAGAUCGCUGCUCAGGGCCAGCCACAGAAGGUCACCUAUGCCACCCAGCCGGCCCUUAAAACCCAGUUUCUUACCACCCCCAUCUCGCAGGCCCAGAAGCUGGCCGGGACUCAGCAGGUGCAGACCCAGAUCCAGGUCGCCAAACUCCCUCAGGUCGUCCAGCAGCAGACACCUGUGGCUGGCAUCCAGCAGGUGGCCUCUGCUUCCCAGCAGGCUUCCCCGCAGACCGUGACCCUCACCCAGGCAACGGCGGCCGGACAGCAGGUGCAGAUGAUCCCCACGGUGACGGCGACGGCACAGGUGGUGCAGCAGAAGCUCAUGCAGCAGCAGGUCGUGACGACGGCGGCAGCCCAGCUGCAGAGCCCUGGCGUCCCCAACCCGGCCCCAGCGCCGGCCAGCUCCGACAGCCCCAGCCAGCAGCCCAAGCUGCAGAUGAGAGUCCCCGCCGUCAGGCUAAAGACGCCCACCAAGCCUCCGUGCCCCUAGGCCACCGUGCGCUCCGCCCCCCGCCAGACGUGGGGACGCCGUCUCCUGGUGCACCUUGGGUUGCUGUCACUUGAGACGUUCGGCACCUGCACAGUGAUCCUUGAAGCAGAGCAGUGUCCUCGUUUUCUCCCACCAUGGGGGCCAGUGACCCUCACCACGCGCCCUGUUCCCGUAGAACAAGACUAGUCAAAAAGGUGACGGCGGCGAGGUGAGCCUCCAGUUUCUCCUGGGCGCGAGCGCGCUGGGCCUCGAAGCCGUCUAGGACCGCGUUAGUGCGCCGCGCACGCCCAGGGGCCGUGUGGCGCGUGCGGGGAGUCCCAACGUGCUUCCGUGCGCGUCUGCCUCCGCGCGGCUCUGCGCCCUCGGGUCUGAGGAGGCGGGUGUGCUUGCUUCUCCCUCCCGAGCUGGGGCUGGUUUGGACACUGAGAGGAAAUUUCCAGCACUGACGCCAUCGAAGCACGUUCCUGGAGCGUCUCCGGCUGUGUCGACGCGAUGCCGUCUCUGGUUAAAUUUUGAUCCCGAAGAGCUGCCAGCAUGGCUUCCCCAGGCUCUGCCUGCGGUGCGACACCCCCCCACCCCCACCACCGGCACGUCCGGGGUGUCCUCCCGGCUCGGAGAGGACACCGUGCUCAGGCCGGGCGCUCUGAGGCGGCUCCAGCAGGCGCUGGGAGGCCCCUGUCCUGGUUGGGUUUGGGCCCAGAGUGCUCUGCGGGGUCACUGCCGUGGGAGAGGCGAGGCUCCGGUUGGAGCAGGGAUGCCUGGCAUCGCCCCCUGGCUUUCCUGCCCGUCCUGGGCAUGACCUGCUGACCCGAGAAACCUCCUGGAACACGGUGACGCAUUUAUGAGCCUGCAGGGUCGCCUGCCGAGGUGGGCAUAGCGGACUCCUCCCUCGCCGUGCCCUCGCCGCAGCUUUCUGUGCAUCAUCGUGCCGGGGUCUCGUCUGUGAGCAGCCACACUCCCUCGUGCUUCUGUGGAAAACAGAGAACCUUCUGUGCAGUACUUGGGGGCGGAGGGUGCAGCUGAGGGACAAAGGGGAGGCCCCGGGUUUGCUUCGGUUUUACUUCUUUACUGCAGCAAGACCAUCGGGGUCUUUGCGGUAGGCUCGGCAGCUGGUGAUGUCUGCUCGCCCGGACGUUUCCUCGGCCGCCUCUCUGUUCUGGCUCCGUGCCUUUCACGUCAGUCGGUCCGGAGAAGCCGGUUGUGUUAGGUCUGUGUGGGCGUCCAGAGAGCCGGUGCCUGCGCGUCUCAGGCGUCCCCCUCGGCGCACCACUCGGGGACGCAAAGGACAGUGGGCUGUGUUUCUGUUUCGUUCAGUGUAUGUGGACCAUGACUCGGCAGCUCUGGGCGAGAACGUGGAAAAGGACAAAGCAGUUCAGUCACCUCGAAUGUAUCGCAAGAGUCCUGCACUCUGUUUUCUUACAACCACACUUGUCGGUUCUGGUUGGGCAGGUGCCGUCAGGAGAAAACGGGGUACGGGGGGCCCUGUGCCUGCUUUUUACGUGGGUGCGAGGGGUUCCCCAGACAUGCGGGCUACAGUGCACGGAACCUCUCGUCUCCGCUUCUGAUUCGCGCACCCUGUUCGUGUUCCUCCCGCCCAUCACGGUGCCGCGAUCCUCUGUGAGUCUGGACCCCGGGGAACCGCAGCGUCUCCCAGAGCUGCCCUGGGGUCCAGAGCGUUCCUGCCCUUUCUCUGCUCGCGAACCGAGUCUGUCUCACGGCCUUUCCUUCGCAGGUCCCCUAAGGCAGAAUACAGAGCAGGAGACGUUACUUUUGUUUUUCUUAGACGUCACCAGCAGCCUCGCAGCCCCCAGUGGUCGCUCCUGUAAACCUCCUCUUCCCAGCGUGCAGUUCCUGGGUCUUCUGUCGUGAAGGUUCCCUGUCCGUGUUUAAGAAUUGAGGAUGGGGGGGGGCGGGCUGUGAGCGAGUCCCGCGGUGCCGGUGAUGGGGUUCUGGCCGGAACGGGACGCAGGGACCUAGAGUAGAGACAGCAGCUCUUCACUGCGAGCCGCCCCCUCUGAUUAAGGGCAGGAGCUGCUGUUAGGGCGCCGUGGGAAGUGGGGAGCCCGACCCCACACUUGUGUGGAUUCGGUGCCUGAUGAGGCAGGGCUUCCCUGCUCCAGGCCCCCACCAUCUUCCAUUCCCUGUGCAACCAGACGGCUGUUGUGUUGUAAAAUAUAAAGCGAGAAGACUGAGAUUGUAAAUAUUUUGUAAACAUGACCAUUUGUACUUGAAUAGUAGGAUUUUAAAAGGGGCACUGGUAUCCCGCCAAACAAAAGGUGUAAUAAAAUGACCUUUUUAUACGUC